CACUACGAGUCUGAAAUCGUGGUCCAAAGCCCACUACCCUCUCUAACUCCAAUUUGGAUCUCUAUUUACCGGUGAGAGGCCAUUUCUGAGAAAAAUUGUAGGAAAGAUAAGAAGGUCUUGAAGGUCUUAAACAUUUGCAUCGGAGAUCUCACCAUCUGAGAUCUGUUCGUCUUGUCUUUCAUCGUGUUCUCAAAUCAGUGCUCUCUCUCGGUCGAGCGCUAAAAAGGCGGUGUUUGUGGCAAUCGAAGAGUCUCCUCGGCCGAUGCUGACUGGAUACCAUUCUUCUGGCACGGUCUCCAAAGCAGUCAAAUAAAGUAAAGCAUGAGAGAGAAGAGCUCCGAUUCUCCCAAUAUUUGAGCCCCUAUUCCUUGUUCAUGUUUGUCGUCACGCUGUGAAGGGUUCUCCUAGUUCGAGCAAGCAGGAAGGGAUGGAGAAGUGGAACGGAGAAACGGAAGCAAAAUGGUGCCCACUCAUCAUGCUUAUUGAAAUGAAACACAAUUAUCUGCAUCUGAUGAUGAGAUUGGCAAUGGUUCCAACGUUGAUGACAUCUUAAGCAUCGUUUGGAAUGGAGUGGUAUUGGAAAUAUUAUAUAUUGAAAGUUACUUUCAUCCAGCUAUAGCGAACCACAUCCAAUGGAAAGCCUAGAGAAACGCAUGAGAGUGGUUGAGAGGUUAAUGGCAUAUGGCUUUAGUUUACAAGACCCUCAAACCUUUGGGGAUGUUGAAGGCGGGGAUGAUCAGAUGAUGGUCCUGAUAUAUAAGAGGCUAUCCAGAGUCGAAAAGGUCCUCCACGAUAAGGGUCUCCUGGUGAAUGACCAACGAAGUAAGCAUGCGACAGGUUCUACUGAGGUGAGGGAAGAGCAUAUUGCAAUUGGUGAAGCAAUUGACCAAGCUGCAGUGGACAAAGAGGAUAUGCACUAUAGUGCAGAUGUGGUGGAGGUCCUCCGAGAUGCCACAGAUUUUGCUGAGGCGAGGAAAGAGCAUACUACAGUUGAUGAGGCUUUGGACCAAGCUAUAGUGGAAAAAGAGGAUAUGCACCGUAGUUCAGAUGAGGUGGAGAUUAUUUGGGCGACUAAUGUUGAGGGCGAGAAGAAAUGUGGAUCCACCACCAAAUAUAUUUCCUCCUUAUGCAAGCAUGUGAAGUUUGGAGCAUGUGAGAGAAAGGCAACGGAGAAAGCAAAGGCCAUAUCCCAAUUUUCGAAGGCUUAUAAAAGGGCAAAGAAAAAAUAGAAAGUCAACAAAAUAGGUGAAGCUAGUAUGGCACAAGCAAUUCAAAAGGAGGAUUUGCCUGAUCACUCAAGUAAGUUAUUGGAGUCUAUCACUACUGCACUUAUGGAGCUCCACAAGUUAACUCCAAUCGACAAAGAAACAUCCCCUUGUGGAGAGGUAUAGCAAAUUGGUCACUUCCUUAAAUAUUUUGUAUCCAUAUAUAAUAUGCUGAUUCUAUAUCCCAUGACUUUGCUAACUAAAAUUGUUGUCUUCACCUUUAACCUUUAAUUGCACUUAGCAUUUAGUACAAUCGACUAAAAUAAUUGAUGUUGAGAGAGCGGCAUCGCUAGAGAUGCCAAUCAAAGUGGCACCAAAAUGCACCUAUCAUGGGAAGGGGGGAGGUAUACUCCCUAUGUACUAUGAAGAAGCUAUUGAUUUCUUUCUUGAAAAAAAUCACUUCUUGUAAGUUUCUUAUAUUAACUGUGCAAUCUCACAUUUCUCACAAAUAAAGUACCUUAAAUAUUUGAAUAAAUUACGUAGGCACAACAUUUGGGAGGAUGCAAAUACUUCGAAACCAUCAUGCACCGGUGAUGCCAUAGUCCAACUCCUUCAUGAUGGGCCACUACGCAGUGAUGUCAUGAAUGUGUACUUUUGUGUCAUUGAGCUAUUCCAUGGAGAGUACACUGAGCUCAUUGAUAAUCCAAGUUUAUUCUUGCAUUGCGAGAUACAGGCUACUGUGGUUCAACAUCUAUUGUGCGAUCUUGAGGUAACUGCUGAUAUUACCAAAUGCAUUAUAAAUUCUUUGCAACCUAGUAUUCAGAAGUGGUUAGGGGAAAUAUAACUUGCCGAUCUCGAACGGUGUAGAUAUUUAUUCAUUUGAUGAAUACGAGAUGACAUUGGUAUCUAAUUGCUUUAGACUUAAAAGAGCAGCGUUUUGAAUGCUACAACUCAAUGUGGAGCUUCAAUGUAGCAGACGACGCUAUUAAAUAUGUAUCAUUUUUGAGAUAUUGGCUAAAAGACUGCGUCGGAUACCCUAUUCCUAAAUGUAUCGUUUGUGAAAUUCGAGAGUGUGCACAACAGACGCCGAUAGUGUGGUCUGCGGAGUGUAUGUGCUCAUAUUUGCAGAGAUACUAACACGAGGCACUUGUAGACUAUUACAGGAAGAGUUCAAGGAUCCCUCUUUAUAUAGAAGCUUGGUUGCAGGCAAUAUUUUGUUAAAUGACCGCUGCAUUACAUAUGAUAGGUUCUAGUCAUGGUACGAUGAGAAGUUAUGUAGGAAUAGAGAUUAAAGCCUUCAAAUGUAAAAUAGCCUUAUAACAUUUUUAUUUUUUGUGUAAUAAAACAUUGAGACAAAUAUGAUGAUUACAUUGAUUUUUUUGGGAUGAAUGGCCAACCUA